AAGCACAAGGGCUAGCUUUUUCAAUCUUUCAAAUGCCCCUGAUGCCCCCCACACCUUUGCUAGCUCAUUAGCUCCUAUUCUACUCCCACAGAGUUUUUGUAGGGGCAUUCAGUCUGGGCUUAUGUGUCACUUCUCUGUGUCUUCCCUUAGCCAACAAGCUAGAACACUCCCAAGAUGGCAGAGGCUCACCAGGCUGUGGCAUUCCAGUUCACUGUCUCUCCAGAGGGCAUUGACCUUCAACUGAGCCAUGAAGCCCUCAAGCAGGUCUACCUGUCAGGCCUGCGGUCAUGGAAGAAGAAACUCAACAAAUUACGGAACAGUUUUGUGACAGGGGUAUACCCUGCCAGCCCUUCUAGUUGGCUGUUUAUGGUUACUGCCAUCCUGGUGACACAGUACUCUCGUCUUGAUCCCUCCAUGGGCAUGAUUGGAAAAAUCAAGGAACACCUGCCAGUGAGUGACUACCUGUCAGAUCAGAGCCAGAAUGUCCUCAGUGCCUUGGCCUUUUCCACGGGGCUGUGGCUGGCCCUCAUCCUGACCAUGCGUAGCAUUCUCAAGCUGCUCCUCUGCUACCAUGGCUGGAUGUAUGAAGAGCAUGGCAAGAUGUCCAACACCACUAAGAUCUGGCUGGCUCUGGUGAAAAUUUUUGCAGGUCGGAAGCCCAUGCUGUAUAGCUAUCAAGCCUCUCUGCCUCGUUUGCCUGUCCCAGCUAUCAAGGACACUAUGCGACGGUACCUUGAGUCCAUACGACCUCUUAUGACAGAUGUUGAAUUCCAGCGUAUGACCCAACUUGCCCGCGACUUUGAACGGACCCUGGGACCUCGCUUGCAGUGGUACCUCAAGCUUAAGUCUUGGUGGGCAUCCAACUAUGUGAGUGAUUGGUGGGAAGAGUAUGUGUAUCUCCGUUCACGGGGCCCCCUAAUGGUAAAUAGCAACUAUUAUGCAAUGGAUUUCCUAUAUGUAACCCCAACCCCUGUCCAGGCUGCUCGUGCUGGAAACCUUGUCCAUGCUAUGUUGUUGUACCGGCGGAAGCUCACCAGAGAAGAGAUCAAGCCUAACAUGAUCCCUUCUUCCUGCAUCCCACUAUGUGCAGCUCAGUGGGAACGUCUCUUCAACACCACCCGGUUACCUGGAGUGGGGCUGGACCGAAUACAGCAUUUGCGGGACAGCAAGCACAUCGCAGUGUACCAUGCUGGGCGCUUCUUUCGGGUCUGGCUGUACCACAAUGGGCGGUUACUGCAGCCUCGUGAGCUUCAGGCCCAGUUUCAGGCAAUUCUCGAUGACUUGACGCCACCAGUGCCCGGUGAGGAGAAACUGCCAGCCCUGACUGCUGCAGAGAGAGACCCCUGGGCCCGGGCCCGCCAAGCAUACUUCCAAUCAGGGAAGAACCAGCAGUCUUUGAGUGUGGUGGAGAAAGCGGCCUUCUUUGUCACCCUGGACACCAGUGAACAAGGGCUACAGGGGACCAAUCCAAGUCAGGCGCUGGACGCCUAUGCCAAGUCCCUGCUGCAUGGGCGCUGCUGUGACAGGUGGUUUGACAAAUCUUUCACACUGAUAGUUUACCGCAAUGGAAAGGCUGGCAUGAACGCUGAACACUCCUGGGCCGAUGCACCUGUCAUUGGACACCUCUGGGAGUACACCCUUGCCACAGAUUCAUUCCAACUGGGGUAUGAUGCUGAUGGGAACUGCAAAGGUGACAUCGAACCUGGCAUUCCUCAGCCUCAAAGACUGCAAUGGGAGAUCCCGUCAGAGUGCCAGCAGGUGAUCCUGAAGUCCUUCUCUGUAGCCCAGGCUCUGGCCAAUGAUAUCGAUUUCCACACCUUCCCCUUCAAAGAGUUUGGCAAAGGCUUGAUCAAGAAAUGCCGCUGCAGUCCAGACAGCUUCAUCCAACUAGCCCUGCAACUGGCUCAUUUUCGGGACAAGAAAAAGUUCUGCCUCACUUACGAAGCAUCCAUGACACGUCUCUUUCGGGAGGGCCGCACAGAAACAGUCCGCUCCUGCACCAUCGAGUCCUGCAACUUUGUAAGGGCCAUGGUGGAUCUCAGCCAGAAUAUUGGCACGAGGCUCCACCUGUUUCGCGUGGCAGCUGAAAAACACCAGAACCUUUACAAGCAGGCCAUGACAGGCGAGGGCAUCGAUCGCCAUCUCUUCUGCCUGUAUGUCGUCUCCAGAUAUCUUUGCCUGGACUCCCCGUUCCUGCGUGAGGUGUUGUUUGAGCCCUGGCGCCUCUCCACAAGCCAGACUCCCAUCCAGCAAUUGGAGUUGUUUGAUCUCAAGAACCAUCCAGAUUAUGUUUCAUGUGGCGGUGGAUUUGGGCCGGUGGAUGAUAAUGGAUAUGGAGUAUCAUACAUUAUCGUUGGUGAAGAUCUUAUUAACUUCCACGUGUCCUGCAAAUUCUCCAGCCCAGAGACGGAUGCACACCGGUUUGGAUCCAACAUUCGGCAUGCUAUGCUUGAUGUCUUGGCCUUGUUUCAACUGGACAAGAACUCCCCUGGUAGCAGCAGCAAGUGACUGAAUAAAUGCUGGCAGGAUGUUCAGCGGGCCACCCAGGCACACCUUGAGUGUGUUCGUCUAUUCUCUGAUCUGCAGGGACAUCUGGAGGGGAGGGGAGGAAUCCACAAGGGACAGGCCUGAGGUUUCCUACAAGCACACGAGCAGGGCGAGAUAUUCUCCUACUCUUACAUUUGGGGGGGAGUGGUAGUUGGACCCUAUCUGGAUACCCCGGACCCUUGGGCAAAUUACCGAGAUGCGUCUCUACAUUUCUAGUGUACUCAAGGUUUGAUAGGUGGAACCAACAGCCAGAUCUCCUCCAUUCCUUUUGGGGCUCAUGUAGAUGGGGUCAGAUUAUAAUAGAAGAGAGACUGGAAUUUGGAAACCUGAUUGGUGCGAGAUUUCCAGCUUGGUGUUUUGAUGAAGUGUCCUCGGCACCUAAGAAAUUCUUUUUUUCACACUCAGCCACCACAAGUCCCCAGCAGCUGGGCUGCAUCUCCUUUUGCACUCUUCACCUUUGAAGGAUUCUGUCCAGGUGGGCUCCUGUUGUCUCACUGAUGCCUUACAGAUGGGAUGAUGUUUGGGGUGAGGGUGGGAAGCAUUAUUCCUUAUUGCUUGUCCCUCUUCAUUUCUGGAGUAACAGGACCCUGCCCCCCCAUACUGCAGUGAAAAGCCAUCUUAACUUACUGAAGGGUUUUGUAGAACAUGGAAUGCCUUGGAGGGGGGAGAGAAUUGGUACACUGCAAGGUUGUUUUUCUCUGUUUUUGUUUGCUACUGUUACUGAUGUGAAUAAAACCACAGGGUGAGAGAUCUUAUAAAAA